UGGAGAUGUUUCUACAGUGUGUCAUUCUUUCCUUUGUCUUGUUUUUAUGCACUGCUACUACAGUCCGCAAGGGUGGUGGUAUAGGAAGAUCAACCUUAUUCCAGUGCCGUAAUGGAGGGAUUGAUUGGAGUAUUAGCAAUGGUGAAUCACCGCCAUUCCUUACCAACAUACAACAGGAUGCCGAUAUACUGAAAAUUAAUAGCAUAGUAUAUCAACAUGAAGGAAACUAUACUUGCAAUGGUGAUACAUCUCAGCUUAUAGUACUGGGUGUUGUUAAGUUUCAAGGUUGCUCUCCAUACCAGAAUUGUGACUUAGGAGUGACCAGCAUGCUACCUGAGGGACAGCCAAUCCCACUCAAUAUAUCAUAUGACUUUGUCAAUGGAGGGCCAAGAGGCGAGAAUCAAACAAUUGCAUCCUUACAUUUCAAGCAAGAUGGAUCAAAUCUGCUUAGUUGCAGUAGUACUGGUUGUUUUAUUCACGACAGUCCACUAAAUGUAACGAAAAGCCUUGACAGUAACAUCAAUAAUAUUCAAGCUGAUAUCACAGAUGACAGACCUAUCAACAUUAGUAGGGUCUUUGUCGUUGAACUUGAUGUUGUCAACAUGGGUAACUUGUAUGAUACCGUAACAGCCACCUUUACAGUCAGUAUGACCUCCACCUUUACAGUCAGUAUGACCCCCACCCCUACAAAUCUUGUUGCUUGUAGCAUGGAAACUAUAGUUAGUAGUGAUCGUGGUACAUUUGAAUGGCCAGAAACAGUGUCAGACAGUACAGUUCAUAUAUCAUGUCCUAAUGGUCCUAGUGGUGCUACUGCUAAUAGAGCAUGUACUAAUAAUGGUGCUUGGGAAUCACCUAAUGUAACACUCUGCCGUGCAAUUACUUUGAUAUCUAAUCAAUUUAGAAAUAUUUCUAAGGUAAAUGUUACUACUGAAAAUGUAGUAUCAGUAGCUGAGAACUUAACGAAUUUAGUGGUCAGUACUACUGAUGCUGCUGAUCAGAAUACUGACAACAUUAGAACAGUGUCUGCCAUAUUGGACCAAACAGCAAUACUGCUAUCAGAUCCUAUGAUAAUCAUGAAUGUCUCAUCAUCAGAAUUAUCAAUGAUAACAAAAAAUACUGUGCAGAUACUUGACAGCUUAGAGGAAUGGGCACCAGCUGUAGUGGAGAUAGAGUCAAAUAAUGUUAUCAAUUCUUUUGAGAGGAUCAUCGAUGCUUUAAUAAAUCAAGACAAUUUUACCAAUAUAAUGGUUGUGAAAAAUGGCAUUGCUUUAGCAGGAGAAAGUUUUCAACAAGCAGUGUUUAAUGGAACAGAAUUUACUGCAGCUUCUAUUGAUGACACAUUAGAGGUUGAUACUCAGGUUGGACAAGACAGUACUAAUGGUUUGACCUCGAAUGAAAUAGCAUCAAUCAGAUUACCACAAAGCAUCAUAAGCAUCAUUGAGACUGAUACAAUUGAUGUAGCAUUCACACUGUACAAUAAAUCAGUACUGUUUCCUAUCAGAGAGCCUCCCCCUAAUACAAUAGUGGGAUCAUCGGUUAUUGGUGCAAGAAUUGGUAAAUUGACUGAUGGUACUAAACUACCUGAUCCAGUAGUUAUUAAUCUGGUACUAAAUACAACAGGAAAUAUUACUAACCCUCGCUGUGUGUAUUGGAAUUUCACUACAGCAGGCGGCAGGGGAAACUGGUCUACUGAUGGUUGUAAUACGACAGUUAAUGCAACUGCUAAUGAUCUCAGUGUCAUCAAUUGCCAUUGUGAUCAUUUGACCAACUUUGCCUGUCUUGUGGAUGUGUCUGCUAGAACUAAUGGAGCUACUGAAGCUCCUCAAUACUUCACUAUGACACUAGAAGUUGUAUCAAUAUAUGGUGUAUGUCUCUCAUUAGUGGGACUAAUACUAACAAUUAUUACUUUGAUUAUAUUUGAGAAACUAAGGGCAAGGGAAGCUAGCACGUUUCACAUUCAACUCUGUCUCUCAUUGAUUUAUAUGUUAAUAAUAUUUGUUGUUGGUAUUAAUAAAGUAUCAGUGAGAGCUGGUUGUAUAACAGUUGGUGUUCUCAUUCAUUACUUUGCUCUUGUAUCUUGGAUGUGGAUGGGAGCUGAGGCUUUGCUUAUGUUUCAAAAACUAGUCAUUGUAUUCACAGACAUUACACAGAAAUACUUAAUUGCUGUUUCUAUUUUAUGCUGGACUUUGCCGCUUUUGCCAGUUGUAGUCACAUUAGCAAUUGACCGUGACUUUUACAUUUAUUUAUAUGAAAAUGGAAACCAGUCUGGAUUUUGUUUCAUUAGUGAAUUGAUACCCUUUCUUGUUGCUUUUCUGCUUCCAGUUUUCAUCAUACUGAUCUUCAAUGUUAUAAUAUAUGUUCUUGUUAUUCGUGUAGCCAUUCUCCACACUGUUGGUAAGAACAAAAGAAUGAAUAAAUCUCCAUUUACCAAAUCUGAUGUAAUCAAAAUGCUAUUAUCUUAUUUUGGUAUCUUGAUGCUCUUUGGUCUCACAUGGCUGUUUGCUGUCUUCAUGUUCAUUACUGAGCCUAGCAUCUCAUUCAUGAUUCAGUUCUUCUUUGCUUUCUUCAAUGCAUUUCAAGGUUUCUUUAUUUUCUUCUUUUUCAUCAUUCUAAGCAGUGACUCGAGAGAUGCUUGGAAGUCACUUCUCUGUUCUUGGAUGGUAAAGAAUGGAAUGGCAUCCACAUGCAGUUGUUAAAAAUAAAACUUCAAAUAUUAAAGUUACAUCACUACAGGUUGAAAAUGCACCAGAGGGUCUAUAGUUUCAAUUAAAGCAAAAAAAUAAAGAAAAGACAUGAAAGAUUUUGACUUGUUUGUUUUACAUUCUUUGUUCUUAUCAGAAACUGUUACUAAUGUGAAAUGCCUAAGUUUAUUGUUUUUAUCUUUCUAACACAUUCACUGUCUUUACUAUCAUCAUCAUUUCAUUAUUAUUAUUAUAGUCUAUAUUCUUAGUUUCAAUUGAGAUAAUAAUUGCUUAAGUGUUUGAUUUCCUAUUUUUGUAGUGACAAUGUUAUUUGAAUAGUUGAUGCCAUAAA